GUGAACGCCGCGUGCCUCGUUUACGCAAUGUCUAUUCUCUGCAUCCUCCUUUUGCGAACAUUUCGAAUAAAUGUGGUGCCUGAUGCGGUAGCCUUGAUAAAAACAUAAAAUCGUUGUCUAUCUUCAACAUCUGCCAAAGAAUAAACUACCAGCAUGACGGCCGAAGUGGAAAAUCCAUCACUGAAUACUGAAACAGUGAAGACAGAAAAUAAAGAAGAAGAAGUUACAGUACACUCUGAGACUGAAAGCGACAGUGAUGAUGAAAACCCACCAGAACUUGAAGAGGCUAUUGGGGAGAACCAAUCCAACGCCUUUGCUGCAGCUGGAAUCCAAGAAGAGCCAGUGAGCAAAGCAAAGCAAAGUAGAAGUGAGAAAAAAGCAAGGAAGGCAAUGUCAAAACUUGGACUAAAAAGUGUUACAGGUGUUAACAGAGUAACAAUAAGAAAAUCUAAAAAUAUUCUGUUUGUUGUCAAUAAACCAGAUGUAUACAAAAGUCCAGCAGGAGACACAUACAUUGUCUUUGGAGAGGCAAAGGUUGAAGAUCUGAGUCAGCAAGCCCAAAUGCAGGCUGCAGAAAAGUUCAAAGCUCCAGAGCCAGCUACAGCUUUAGCUGACAACAAACCCCAACAGCUUGAUAACGAAGAAUCAGAUGAGGAAGAAGUCGAUGCAACUGGAGUGGAAGAAAAAGAAAUUGAACUUGUUAUGACCCAAGCAGGUGUUUCGAGAAACAAAGCCAUUAAAGCUCUGAAGAAGAACGAUAAUGACAUCGUCAAUGCUAUUAUGGAACUCACGAUGUAAGCAUGCUGUUGCUGAAAUGACACAUCAAAAACUCGUUCGUAUGUUUGUAGUGGCGAAGAGUCCAUGUUUUAUACCCCUUAUGUUUUUGAUCGUGAAUUUUUAAAAACAGUUUAAAUUUUAGCGUAAGAUAUCUGCGAAACACGAAACAAUGUUUAGAUAAGUAAAAUGCUUCACACAUCCACUCAGUUUUCUUCAACACUGCAAGCAUACGUUUCCAGUAGCUAACAUUGAAGUUUCGUCUCAAUGUCAUUAAUAAUGUAAGAAGGAUAAAACGAAAAGGUAGUCA